AUGGGCCCCGGAAUGAAAGAUAUGGAGGAAGAUAGCGGAGGAAUGGGAGCAUGGAAAAGGAUCAGGUACUUGCAUGCACCGGCACGGCUGGUUCAGACGACACUGAACCCGGUGUUUGAUCCGGAGAACCUGAGAUGUCAGCACAGAUGGUGUUCGCUGGACGCCCUCGUGUGGAUGGCAUCUGACGUCAGCGGUCAGAGGAAAACGCAGACGGUGGACAAUCCAGAGGGAACACAGGGUCAGCAGCAAAGAAUGGAACAGCGAGUGGAUCCCAAGGAUGAUUGUAACUAUGAAGGAAAGACAUACAAGGAUGGAGAGUCGGUGAUUACGAACUGUUUAAUGUGUGAAUGUGUUAAAGGAGAACUCACAGACUGUUUACACAUCUUGGGUUGCACUGACACGACAACAAAUAAAACACCUUCCAAGGUCAAUGAUAACAUUAAUUAUAAUGAUGACCCAGCUGUCAUUGCAAGCAGUGGCAACAAGGCCCCCAUUCGUGAAAAGCGCUCUAACAUGUUUGGAAAACCCAAAGAAUCUGAUAACAAAGCUGGUGCAGGCUUUUCUCUAACAGGAAUGUUGGGACAGCAACGUGGCAAGAACACAAUGUCCGGCAACAGUGAAGUAAAGGCUUCUGUGGGAAAAGAUAUCAAUAUUCUUGGCAAUAUUCCAAACCUAGCUCCACAGGAGGUUAAAAUAAACACAAGUCUCCAACUAGGCGGAGUGGCUGGUCUUAACAUCCACGGGGGUGUAGGAGUAAAUGGCGGUGCAGAGAAGAGAACUCAGGUGGAACUUACAAGGAUAGCUGAGGAGAAGGAAGAACGUUCUGGUGGUGUUGCUGGUAUUGGCGUUAACGCUGGCAUAAAUGUAAAUGCUGGUGCCGACAACAGGAUUAAGGAAGUGCUUACAAAGAUAUCUGCGGAAAAAGAAGAGAAGAAAAUUGGAUUUGGUGUUCAUGGAAAGAAGACAUCUGGUAAUGGCAAGGUUGACUCAAGUGAAGAAAAUGAUAAUUCAAAAGAAAGGGGUUCCAUCCAGAUUGAACAUGGAAGCAAAAAAGGACAUGGAAAGAUUGAUAUUGAUAUAAAAGGAGGGAGCAAGGAAUCAUCUAAAGAAGACAACUCAAAGGAACACAAAAACUUUAAAACCAUCAAUGUUGGAGGCAAAUUUGGUCAUGGGCAUGGAAGCGAGGAAGACAACUCUAGAGAAAACAAAGGAACUAUCAAUGUUGAAGGUAAAUUUGACCAUGGGCAUGGUAGCAAGGAGGAACAUGGUGGAAUUGAUAUUAAGAUAAAGGGAGGAAACAAGAAAUCAUCUCAAGAACACAACUCCCAAGGAAACAAAGGAGGCAUCAAUUUUGGAGGUAUAUUUGGUCUUGGACAGGGAAGCAAAGAAGAACAUGGAAAGAUUGAUAUUAAGUUAAAGGGAGGAAACAAAGAAUCAUCUGAAGAAUACAACUCUGCAGAAAACAAAGGAACCAUCAAGUUUGGAAAUAAGUUUGGUCAAGGACAUGGAAGCAAAGAGGAACAUGGAAAGAUUGGUAUUAACAUCCAUGGAGGAAACAAGGAAUUAUCUGAAGGAGACAACUCCAAAGGAACCAUCAAGUUUGGAGGUAAAUUUGGCCACGGACAUGGAAGCAAAGAGGAACACGGAAAGAUUGAUAUUAAUAUUAAGGGAGGAAAGAAGGAAUCAUCUGAAGAAGACAAUUCUAAAGAAAACAAAGGAACCAUCAAGUUCGGAGGUAAAUUUGGCCACGGACAUGGAAACAAAGAGGAACAUGGAAAGAUUGAUAGUAGUAUUAAGGGAGGAAAGAAGGAAUCAUCUGAAGAAGACAAUUCUAAAGAAAACAAAGGAACCAUCAACAUUGGAGGCAAAUUUGGUCACGGACAUGGAAGCAAAGUGGAACAUGGAAAGAUUGAUAUUAAUAUUAAGGGAGGAAAGAAGGAAUCAUCUGAAGAAGACAAUUCCAAAGAAAACAAAGGAACCAUCAAGUUUGGAAGUAAAUUUGAUCAUGGGCAUGGAAGCAAAGAGAAACAUGGAAAGAUUGAUAUUAAGUUAAAGGGAGGAAACAAGGAUUCCUCUGAAGAAGACAACUCCAAUGGAAACAAAGGAACCAUCAAGUUUGGAGGUAAAUUUGGCCACGGACAUGAAAGCAAAGUGGAACAUGGAAAGAUUGAUAUUAAUAUUAAGGGAAGAAACAAGGAAUCAUCUGAAGAAGACAAUUCCAAUGAAACCAAAGGAACCAUCAAGUUUGGUGGUAAAUUUGGCCACGGACAUGGAAGCAAAGAAGAACAUGAAAAGAUUAAUAUUAAUUUUAAGGGAGGAAAGAAGGAAUCAUCAGACCAUUCUAAAGAAAACAAAGGAUCGAAUAAGUUUAGAGGUAAAUUUGGCCAUGAGCAUGGAAACAAGAAAUCAUCUGAAGAAGACAACUCUGGAGAGAACAAAGAACACUAUGGAAAGUCAUCUUUUGAAGACAUAGACUUGGACAUUGGCGCUGUUCCCACAUAUAGUCCUGAAUUCACAAUAGAACCGAUCAUCAUUCCCCAGACGGCGCAUUUGUUGUUUCAAGGUCCUAGUGCAAGGGUGACAGAUGGAGUAGAGACAGAGGAACCUGAGAACCCCAGUGAACCAGUGAACCCCGUUGAGCCAGAGCAGCCCCAAGAACCAGCGAAUCCCCCUGAAACUGAGACACCAGCUCCCCCCGUGGAACCAGAAAACCCAAUUGAGCCAGAGGAGCCCGAGGAACCAGUGAAUCCCCCUGAAACUGAGACACCAGCUCAACCCGUGGAACCAGAAAACCCCAUUGAGCCAGAGGAGCCCGAGGAACCAGUAAAUCCCCCUCAACCUGAGACACCUUCUCCACCUGUGGAACCAGAAAACCCCAUUGAGCCAGAGGAGCCUGAGGAACCAGUAAAUCCCCCUGAACCUGAGACACCUUCUCCACCUGUGGAACCAGAAAACCCAAUUGAGCCAGAGGAGCCUGAGGAACCAGUAAAUCCCCCUGAACCUGAGACACCUUCUCCACCUGUGGAACCAGAAAACCCCAUUGAGCCAGAGGAGCCUGAGGAACCAGUAAAUCCCCCUGAACCUGAGACACCUUCUCCACCUGUGGAACCAGAAAACCCCAUUGAGCCAGAGGAGCCCGAGGAACCAGUAAAUCCCCCUCAACCUGAGACACCUUCUCCACCUGUGGAACCAGAAAACCCCAUUGAGCCAGAGGAGCCCGAGGAACCAGUAAAUCCCCCUGAACCUGAGACACCUUCUCCACCUGUGGAACCAGAAAACCCCAUUGAGCCAGAGGAGCCCGAGGAACCAGUAAAUCCCCCUGAACCUGAGACACCUUCUCCACCUGUGGAGCCAGAAAACCCCAUUGAGCCAGAGGAGCCCCAGGAACCAGUAAAUCCCCCUGAACCUAAGACACCUUCUCCACCUGUGGAACCAGAAAACCCCAUUGAGCCAGAGGAGCCCGAGGAACCAGUAAAUCCCCCUGAACCUGAGACACCUUCUCCACCUGUGGAGCCAGAAAACCCCAUUGAGCCAGAGGAGCCCCAAGAACCAGUAAAUCCACCUGAAGCUGAGACACCCGCUCCACCUGUGGAACCAGAAAACCCAAUUGAGCCAGAACAGCCCCAGGAACCAGUAAAUCCACCUGAAGCUGAGACACCCGCUCCACCUGUGGAACCAGAAAACCCAAUUGAGCCAGAGCAGCCCCAGGAACCAGUGAAUCCACCUAAAGCUGAGGCACCAUCUCCACCUGUGGAACCAGUAAACCCCAUAGUGGGAAAAUCUUGUACAUUCAACAAAGAUUCUGUGCCUCAUGGACAAACUGCACAGCUUGACUGUGCUUCCUGUACCUGCAAUGAUGGUUUCCUGACCUGUGUAAAAAAUCUGAACUGCUCAGGGGUCUGUUCAGUGACUGGUUUCCAGAUGAUUCGCACUUUUGAUGGGUCACUGUAUGAUACGCCCGGAGAUUGUAACUACAUUUUGGUCAAGACCUCCGACUUCACCAUUAGCUUGAACAAUAAACUUUGUUCUCAGCUGGACAUAGAGCACAUUUGUAUUGAAUCUGUGGAAAUCUACAUUCCGUCCAAGGCCAACAUAAAAAUUCUUAAAGAUGGAACAAUCUUUUCAUCAGGAGAAACCACAGCACUUCCUUAUAACAUUUUAAACGCUAUAACUGUCUUAAGAAGUUCUUCCACCUUUCUGGAUGUGGCAAGCCCAUUGUUCAACGUACAGUAUGACUUCACUCUUAACCGCCUAUACGUUAUCCUUGAUCCCAGCUACAAAGACCUAACCAGUGGCUUGUGCGGUACCUAUAAUGACAACCGUAACGAUGAUUUCAGGAGCUCAAAUGAUAUGACUGAGACCAUAUCCGGCUUCUUCAGCAAAUCCUGGAAGACACAAUCUCAGUGUUCAGAAAAUGAAAUAAAACUGGAAGACGAAGAUAAAAAAGUAAAUGCUGACCUGAUCUGUGCCGAUGCCUUGGAAAGCUCUCUCUUUGAAGACUGUACUCGUCUGAUCGACAUCCACUCCUACAAAAUCUCUUGUGCCAAUAAUGUGUACAACAAUGAGGAGAUUGGACUGUGUGCGGCUUUGGCAGACUAUGCUUAUCGUUGUGCCCGGGCAGGAAUAUUUGUGCCAGUUAGUUCUUCAUACUCAGACUGCACUCCAAGUUGUAAGGAUAGUAUGAAUUUUGCUACGGAAGAGACAUUCUCACAACAAGAUUGUGCUGAAUUCACAUCUAAGCUUCUAAAGAUUACAUCCUCUAUCCCACUGAAUGAAGCUUGCAUCUGUCCACCUGACCUCUACUAUGAUGCUAGUCUGGAUGAAUGUGUACAGGGAGAUUCUUGUCCUUGCUACAUUAAUAACCACAUCUACAAGAUAGGAGAGACUAUAACUGAUCCCAAGGGACAAACAUGCCCUUGUGAAAGAUUAUUGCAAUGCAACACCCUUUGUUUUGUCAUUGUGACAGAUGUGGAACAAUGCCCUGAAAAUGAACUAUACUCAGACUGUUUAAUUGGCGCUGGAAAGGCUUGUGAGCCCUCUUGUAACAACUUGGCUUUAUUUGACCAGGGAUGUACCCUUGAAUGCACACCAGGAUGUAUCUGUAAAUCUGGUCUUUUGAGGAGCAGUGAUGGAAGCUGUAUACCACUGAAUGAAUGCCCUUGUACCCAUGGAGAUGACACUUAUAACCCAGGAGAGACACUGGCUAAGGACUGUAAUACUUGCACAUGUGAAAAUGGCAAGUUUUCAUGCACCAAUAACCCAUGCAACAAAGUGUGUAAUGCUUACGCUGGAUCACAAUUCUCCCUCUUCGACAAUGUCUGGAAAUCUUUCGCCACAAGAGAGUGUGCAAUUGUGCUAGUUGAGUCUCGUGAAGGUGAAAGACCAUUCUUCAAGGUUGUCAUGCAAAAUGCUCCUAAUGAAGCCAUGGGAGGCGCCCUUCUUAAGAAGACCAUCUAUAUCGCAUUCGGAGGAGCAAGUGUAGUGCUGAGUGAAUUUGAUACCUCAGUGGCACAAGAACUAGGCAGUAGGACUCAACUGAGAACUUACCGAUCAGGAUUCUAUACAGUGGUCCAUUUCCUGGAGGGCCUUGCUGUGUACUAUGACCAACAUCUAGAUGUUAUCAUUCAACUUGAACCACAACUACAGGGCAAAGUUCAAGGUAUGUGCGGUGAUGCUGAUGGAACCACCACUACAGAGCUGGCUAUUAGUAAUAUGGCUCAGUAUGCCUCUCAGUUCCUUGUUGGCGAGUGUCCCAACCAAGAGUCAACACCUCCUCCUCCUACUGAUAAUCACAAGAAGUUUGUGGAGACAAGAUGCAACCUGCUUAGGAGCGAUGACUUUUCUCUGUGCCACACUGAGGUGAACGUGGAGCCUUUUUACCAGGCUUGCGUUGAGGAGACUGAGUCCUGCAGAGAGGGUGACAGCUGUCUUUGUUAUUGCACUUCCCUGGCAGCUUAUGCCCGUGCCUGUUGCCGUAAGGGUAUCACCAUUGAAUGGAGAAGCCCUGACACAUGCCCAUCUCCAUGUGAAUAUUACAACAGAGAUGCUGGAGAAGGUCCAUACCGCCUGGUAAUGAUGAACAGCAAGACCUUAGUGUGCGAUUAUGAUAAACAAACUGUGUCACUGGAAAACAUUGAAACUCUUGGAAACUUAAAGGCUAGUUUCAUGGUUACGCCAGGCCUUUAUGUGGACCAUCAGAAUGGCAGGAAGUUGAUCUCCUUGGAGUCGGCGCAACAUCACAACUUUUUCAUAGUACAAAAUGAUGAUGGAAGUCUGAGUCUUAGCAAGUGGCAACCAAGUGUUAAUUUCCGUAAAAGAGCCACUUUUGUUUUGAGGCCAAGCCGCUGGGUGAAAGGAUUUAAUGCUCUGGAGUCUUACUUAUUGCGAGGACAGUAUCUUUCCCUCAGUGGUGAAGAACUAGUUAUGUCAAAAGUAAAAUCAGUAAAUAUGCUGCAGAUGAGCUUCCAACUAGUCGAGGAAACCUUUGGCUUGCCAUCUUUCUCUAUCUGCACCUGGAAAUACAGAGCUUGUGGAAACCCAUGCAUUCCCACAUGUCAAGAUCCUCUCGGUACAAAGUGCACAUUGACUCUCAAGGUUGAAGGUUGCUACCCCAUAUGCGCCCCAGGAAUGGUCUUUGAUGAAGUUACUCACCGAUGUGUCCUUUUUGCGGAUUGUGUCACCCCAUCUGUCCCUCCACCUGAAGAGACCACCUUAGCACCCACCACACCAUAUGAGCCAUGUAAGAAUGUUGUUUGUAAAGUGGAUCCAUGUUCAGAUGGAGAAUAUCUUCAGCAAGUCUCCUCAAAUGACCCCUGCUGCCCACAAUAUGAGUGCAUUCCUUUGUCAACACUUCCUCCCAAAAUUACCACAGAGGAGUUGUGUAAACAUGUUACGUGUACAGUGCCAAAUUGCAGAGAAGGUCAAUAUCCAAAACAAGUUCCUUCAUCAGACCCCUGCUGUCCACAGUAUGGAUGUUUCGAUUAUCCAACAACCCCUGAAGCAACUACACCAAAUAUCUGUAAAGAUGUCCUCUGUGAGCCACCAGUCAGAUGUACCAAAAAUGGUGCUGCCCUUGUAGAAGUCCCAUGGGCAGAUCCAUGCUGUCCUCACUACGAGUGUCAAUGUAAGGUAGUCUGCGAUCCUCCUCCCUACUGUGGAGAUCUAAGUCCACCAUUAAGAAUUGGAGAUCCUGAUGCUGACUGCUGCCCAGAGUAUGAAUGUCCUGUUGAACCUACAACAACUACCAGACCUCCUUCCACCACAGUUGAGGACAAGUGUGCGAGAGUCUCCUGUCCUACUACAGAAUGUAAAGAAGGUGACACAUUGGUGGAAGUGCCAUCAGAAGAUCCAUGCUGCAAGGCAUAUGACUGUGUUCCUCCUGUUACAACUCCCCAGCCUCCUACGCCAUGUCAUAAGGAUUCAUGCAAACCAGCCAACUGUGAUUCCGGUUAUAAAGUCCUUGUCAAAGAAAACCCAGCUGACCCAUGCUGUCCAUUGUAUGAAUGUGAACCUCCAAUAAUAACUACACCUCCUCCUGUAUGGACCCCAACACCUGGUAAAUGCGACAAUGUUGUUUGCCCACCAUCAAUUGAGUGUGUACAGAGAGGCUCUAGCAAGGUCAUAGUAUCGGCCGAUGAAUGUUGUCCUGUAUAUGAUUGUGAAUGUGCCCCAUGUGAACCUCCUCCAUAUUGUGAUGGAAACAAACCAACUAUGUCAAUUGACCCUGAACUGGACUGCUGCCCCACAUACAAAUGCCCUCCUCAAGUUGCUCCUGAAAAAACAACACCUAUACCAAUCCUGACCACUCCGAAUAUCUGUAAAGAUGUCCUCUGUGAGCCACCAGUCAGAUGUACCAAAAAUGGUGCUGCCCUUGUAGAAGUCCCAUGGGCAGAUCCAUGCUGUCCUCACUACGAGUGUCAAUGUAAGGUAGUCUGCGAUCCUCCUCCAAACUGUGGAGAUCUAAGUCCACCAUUAAGAAUUGGAGAUCCUGAUGCUGACUGCUGCCCAGAGUAUGAAUGUCCUGUUGAACCAACAACAACUACCAGACCUCCGUCCACCACAGUUGAGGACAAAUGUGCGAGAGUCUCCUGUCCUACUACAGAAUGUAAAGAAGGUGAUAGAUUGGUGGAAGUGCCAUCAGAAGAUCCAUGCUGCAAGGCAUAUGACUGUGUUCCUCCUGUUACAACUCCCCAGCCUCCUACGCCAUGUCAUAAGGAUUCAUGCAAACCAGCCAACUGUGACUUCGGUUAUAAAAUCCUUGUCAAAGAAAACCCAGCUGACCCAUGCUGUCCAUUGUAUGAAUGUGAACCUCCAGUAACUACACCUUCUCCUGUAUGGACCCCAACACCUGGUAAAUGUGACAAUGUUGUUUGCCCACCAUCAUUUGACUGUGUACAGAGAGGCUCUAGCAAGGUCAUAGUAUCGGCUGAUGAAUGUUGUCCUGUACAUGAGUGUGAAUGUGCCCCAUGUCAACCUCCUCCAUAUUGUGAUGGAAACAAACCAACCAUGUCAAUUGACCCUGAACUGGACUGCUGCCCCACAUACACAUGCCCUCCUGAAGUUAAACCUAAAACAACUACACCAGUCCUGACCACUCCAACACCUACUACGGAUAAGUGUAGAAAUGUCCUCUGUGAUCCUGUAACGUGCACCAAAAAUGGCGAGACGCUCACUGUUCUCCCUUGGACUGAUGUCUGCUGUCCACACUAUGUCUGUCAAUGUGAGAAAGAAUGUAGCCCUCUUCCGGUUUGUGAGCAUGGAAGACCUCCAUUACGAAUUGGAAACCCUGACACCGAAUGCUGCCCAGAAUACAUAUGUGUAACAGAACCUGUGACUACACCAUCAGUCAUCACGAGUCAAUGUGAAGAUGUGAGCUGCCUCAUUCCAGAAUGUGCACCAGGUUACACUCUAAUUGAAUACCAGGGCACUGACCCUUGCUGUGAAGAAUUCCAAUGUGUGCCUACCAUUAUAACAACAACUGUUCCACCUGAGUCAUGUGAGGGUGUCACAUGCUUUGUACCAGAUUGUCGCGAUGGUGAAAAGCGAAUUGUGAAACCAAACUCAGAUGAUUCUUGCUGCCCCUUGUAUGAAUGUGUACCACCACCAACAGUACCACCCACUCCUGAGACUACCACAAAUGACCGUUGUCGGGAUUAUAUUUGUCCAGUCAUUGACUGCGUUAGAAAGGGUUCCAUUAAAGUGUUUAUUGGAGGAGAUGAUCCAUGUUGUCCAGAAUCAAAAUGCGAAUGUCAGCCAUGCGAACCAGUUCCAAGCUGUGAUGGAUCCCGCCUGGAAGUGAACUAUGCCACAGACACAGACUGCUGUCCAACAUACGAAUGCCAAACAAAAACAACAACGCCAGAACCAACAACUCCUGUCAUCACUGUUCCAACAACUACCCCUAAUGUAUGUGAGAACGUGCUCUGUGAGGCUGUGCCCUCCUGUACCAAGGAGGGAGCUUCUAUCAAAGUCAUCCCCUGGGCUGAUAUUUGCUGCCCCCACUAUGUGUGUGAAUGCACACAUGAAUGCAAUCCCCUUCCUGUAUGUGAAGGUGGCAAGCCACCAGUGAUAACACAAGACCCUGAACUCUACUGCUGUCCAGAAUUUAUAUGCUUACCUCCAGAACCUCCUACACAACCUCCAAAGGAUGAAUGUGAGGGUGUUAUCUGCACUCUGCCAGAAUGUGAUGCACAGUCUUUCCUGCAAGAAGUUAACAUACGGGACCCAUGCUGCAAUCACUAUGAGUGCGUACCCUUUCCUACUACUACACCGGCUCCAACGCCUUGUGAUGUGUCCAAAUGUAAAGUCCACAACUGUAAUGAAGGUGACACAGUAAUAGUGAAGGCCAACGAAGAUAAUAAGUGCUGCCCCACGUAUGAUUGCCUACCCCCAACACCCAUACCUACGACACCUCCAACCAUUCCUGAAUGCAAAGAUGUCGAGUGUCCAGUGCCAGACUGCACCAAGAAAGGAGAGAUUCCAGUGUUUGUCACAUGGAAGGACCAUUGCUGCAAAGUCUUUGAAUGCCAGUGCCAACCAUGCAAUCCACCACCUUAUUGUGAUGGACUCAUCCCACUUGUAACAAUCAAUACAGAUACCCAGUGCUGUCCAACCUAUGAAUGCCCUCCUCCUCCUCCUAUCACAACAACUACAACAGUUAUAAUUUCGACCACAACUAGGGAUGUCUGUGAGGACAGAACUUGCCCAAGGAAGACCUGCAAAUCAUAUGAAAAACUGGUUACACGUUUUAACCCCUCUGACCAUUGCUGCCCAAUUCAGACAUGCGAAUGUACUUGCAACACUGUACCAACCUGUGACGGUGAUGAGCGGUUAGUGGCUGUGAAACAGAACAACCAGUGCUGUCCCAAGCUCAAGUGUGAGAAAAAGAGGGACGACUGUCACGCUGUUCCCACCCAUGUAAAACUAACAUCCGGAGAAUGCAAUGCCAACGUCAUAUUAUCGUCUUGUAGUGGAUACUGUCACUCUAAGACAGGCUAUAGCAGCCUCUGGAUCCCAGUUACCCAUUGCCGCUGCUGUUCAGUAACAGAAACCCUUUCCAAGACUUUCGAGUUACCUUGCCCAGAUGGCACAAAAGCCCUUGUAACAGUGUACGAAGCAACGCAGUGUGGGUGCAACAGAUGUGCUGAAGGCGAGGAACCCAGUGGAUCUGGCAGUGGCAGUGGCAGUGGCAGUGGAAGUGGAGACAUAGGCAGUGGGUUCACUCUGUGGUCACCUUUUGAAAAAAGUAUAUAGUUUUUGCAUUUAAAGUGAAGGAACCUUUACCAAAGAUGCUGCUCUAAACUUCUUAAUAUAUUGUAAGAGGGUUUUUUCCCCCCAAUGUUUUGAUGGUAGAAAUCAGUCAUUUUUACUUAAAUGUAACAUUUUGUAAAGAGUUCUUAAGUUGCCUUUGCCUACUAGCAGUACCAACCAUUGUAUGGUCGAAAGCGUAGCUACAAAGUUUUUUUGGGAAAAUAACUGCACUAUGCACUAUUGUCAUUUUUCAAAAUUACUCUUAUGUUUGGCACAUAAAUAAGUGAUCAGAGCGCUGUUUUUCCCCACUUCAUGCCGCUCGUAACACUGCCUUAGGAGCCAACCCCUUGCUCUGUCUCCCAAGUAACCGUACAAAGCUCAAACCCAAGUGCCGUGUAUCCCAUUACACUGGGUCUCAUACUUAGAUAAACUGUAGCUGAAAAAUAUGACAUUCAAUCGAGCAGGCACUCCAAGAACGUUGGUAGCAGAAUAAGAUGUACGAUGAAACUUUAUUGUCCAAUUAUAAGCGCUUUCGGGAACUGACCGUCCCCUUCAUCAGAUAGACGGACUACAACUAACAUCAUGUUCACAAACCAUUAAAUACAAGUAUACAGGAAAAAAAACACAGCUGGUGCCCGCCUCUUUAAUGUUACCAGGUUCCACCUGUUUCCAACUAUAACUUUACAUGAUCCAUAAAACAUAAGUCAUAAAACAUAGAACAUAAGACCAGUGUUACCGGGCUCCACCUGUUUUCACCUGUUUCUUUAACUUUACACAAUCCAUAAAACAUAGCAUAAGACCAUUUCAUAAACUCAUACAGUAACUGUAGUCAUUUCUGCCGGUGUCUCCAUGUCCCGUAGCUCCGAGACCAGAAGGGACAUCUGUGUUGUGCGGUCACAUGAUGCGGUCAAGAUCACAUGACGUUACCAUGUCAUGUGAUCUAAAUGGAAC